AUGUCUUUAGAUAAACCAUGGCUUGAUCAGCAUUCCAAUCAGGGCGAAGCGAUCAACAGGCUUGAUAAACUUGAAAAAGAUAUGAAAGAUCCUCCAAAUAAUGUCGAUAAUGAUAUAGUGAAUCGAAUUCAUGGUUCGAUGAUCGGAAUGGCAUUAGGCGAUGCUCUUGGCGCUUAUGUCGAAUUUCGACCUCGACAUUACCCCGUUCAAAAUCCAGUAACCGAACUAAAAGAUGGCGGCACAUGGGGUCUUAAAAAAGGGCAGUUUACCGAUGAUACAUCGAUGGCUCUUUGUCUUGCAAAUUCAUUGGUAGCUCGUCAAGAUUAUGUACCUUACGAUCAACUAGUUCGUUACACAUGGUGGUACAAAAAUGGGUAUAUGUCUUCUACAGGAAGAUGUUUCGAUAUUGGUGCGGCCACCAAACAGUCACUGAGGGAAUUUGAACGUCGCCAAAUACACUUCGCCGCUAAACAUAAAAUUCCUCUUGAUCAAUUAGAUUUUCUUUCAGACCCUGAACUCUUGAAGAAGUUCGACGUGAAUUGCAGUGAAAAAGGUGUAGCUGGUAAUGGAGCUUUAAUGCGACUCGCACCUGUGCCACUGUUCUUUUAUAAACAUCCUAUUGAGGCUAUCGAGUAUUCAGGACUUAGUGGAUUAAUAACUCAUGGUGAUGACAAAGUCUAUGAUGCCUGUCGUUACUAUGGUGCUUUAAUCGUGGCUGCUGUCAAUGGUGCAACAAGAGAGGAACUACUUGAUGAAAAUUUCUACGAAAACCAUAAAGAAUGGUUCCGUAAUAAACCGCUUCAUCCGGACAUUAAAAAAAUUGUUCAAGGCUCUUACAAGAAAGGUGGAUACGAUGGAGGCAUUCGAGGUAAAGGAUACAUUGUCAGUGCUCUCGAAGCCGCUUUAUGGGCCUUUUGGUCUGAGAAGGACUCUUUCCGAGCUGGUGUUCUUGCAGCUGUGAAUCUUGGUGAUGACACUGAUACAACUGCAGCUAUCUAUGGUCAAUUAGCCGGUGCCUAUUAUGGUUAUGAAAAUCUACCCAAAGAAUGGACAAAAGAAGUAUACGCUACAAAUUUUAUUCAAUGUUUGAGCAAGUGGAUCGCUUAUGAAGGAACAAAAUGGUCACCAGAAGGAUCCAAAACUUCAAAAAUAUCUUUCGAGACUCUUAAUGAGUCACCUUACGAAAAGGAGACAAAUUUAAAUGAGUUACAAGUGUCGGAAAAAAAUCCAAACUAUCAGAUGCAAUCAUCGGCAAAAAAAAUAUAUACACGAUCAGAUUCAAUUUCAACAGUCAAACAAUUUACUGGCGUCGCAGCAAGUUCUCGGCCACGAAGUCGCACUUUUGUCGAUCCGUCCGAAACUUUGAAAUUCGAUUCAAAUAUGCAAUAUGGAGCUACUGGUCGAAAGGCAGUGGAACACGAGGAUUACUCAUUUCUACCUCAACGUAAGAUCUUUAAACUUCUAACUAUAUAG